AUGAGAGUUAGGACAAAAUUUCACUAUUUGGUUGUUCCAUUAUUCACUCAUGAAGGUCCUUUAGUUAUUAGACCUGUAAUACUUUUUCUGACAUUGGAGCGAUUUAAGCUUUUGCCAAAUAUGUUUUGGCUUAUUAAGGAAUUUGUGUUGAACUUUGGAUAUAGGGCUUACUUGAAUGCACCAGAAGAUUCCCUGUCCAUUUGCUCGAUAGAGUUUGACAUGAAGCGAAGGACCAACGAGGUACCUAGGAGUUCCAGAGGUUUGCAGGUUGAGGGCCCAAACUGGGUCCUUAUCGCAGGCAGUGCUCUGUUGAGUACAUUGUCAAUUCGCCUGGGAUUUAAGCUGAAGCAGGUCCUUGACGGCAAACGACCUGAAAAUAGUAACAAUCUUUUAAAAGGAAAUGGAAAAUCUACUGACGAGAAGAAGUCAAGGACCAGCCAUAUGCAUUCAAAUGCUUAUUGUUUUCCUCAAGAUGAGAAUGGUUGCCACAAUUGUUAUUCAGGAUCUGGAAACAUGGUGGAAAUCAAACAACGGUGCAAUGGCCAAAUGAUGACAGAACCUGAAAUGGUUCUUCCAUUAGUGACUGUGCCUGCUUCUGAGCUGAGCAAAGAGAAUGGUGUGAUCUGGGCAUCUUCUCCUGAUCGUCUUGAUCUUCCCCAGAAGCCAUUCCACCGGUCAAACAGCUCUGACUCGCCAUGUGUCUCAGAAUCUGGAUCUGAUAUUUUCAGCAAGCGAGAAGUGAUACAAAAACUGAGACAGCAGUUAAAAAGAAGAGAUGACAUGAUAUUGGAAAUGCAGGAUCAGAUUACCGAACUUCAGAACUCUCUUAGUGCUCAGCUUUCACAUUCUUCCCAUCUCCAAUCACUGUUGGAUGCCGCAAACGGGGACAUGUUUGAUUCCGAGAGGGAAAUACAGAGAUUAAGAAAGGCAAUAGCUGAUCAUUGCGUGGGGUAUGUGAAUUCUAGCAACAAUCCCCCUACGGUUUCAUGGCCAUCCGGAGGCAGGAAUGGCCAUUCAAAUGCGUAUCUUAACGUUGAAAGUAAUUUGGAGCCCUUGGAAAAAGGGAGAGGAGACGAGGGAAAGAUUGAGAUGCUGAGACAGGAAGUGAGUGAGUUAAAGGAAGUGAUAGAGGGAAAAGAAUACCUGCUGCAGAGCUACAAGGAGCAAAAGGCUGAUCUAUCAGAAAAGAUCAAAGAGUUGCAGCAGAGAUUGGAUUCUCAACUUCCCCAUAUUUUGUAG